AUGCCGUCCUCGGUAACGAAGCACACGAUCCCGCCCUUCUACGCCUGCUACUUUCUCCGCUCGCUCUCCUCUCCCGGCACCACAUACAUCGGCUCCACACCCGCGCCGCCCCGUCGCAAACGUCAACACAAUGGCGACCUCACGCAAGGGGCGUACAAAACAGCUCGCGCUCGACCCUGGGAGAUGGAGUGCAUCGUCUACGGUUUCUCUUCCAAGAUCGCGGCGCUUCAGUUCGAAUGGGCGUGGGCAAAGCCCCAUCUUUCCCGACAUCUGAAGUUCUUGACCACGGAGCACUCCGUCAAUGGCAGCGCGAGCGAUACGUCAGCAUCGGCUGGCAUGGCCCUUUUCCUGUCGACGAGCAUGACACCCGGUCAGACUCGUUGGGGGAGACCGAAGAAGAGGAUGGCGAGACCUCCAUCGACUCCCAACGCUAGGCUCUUGGCGAUGCGGGCACUGCUUCGUUCCGAACCUUUCUGUGGGUGGGGACUCAAGCUGGCCUUUUUCACCGAGUGGAGCUGGUUGGCGUACCAGCGACUCGAUGCUGCAAACGCUGUGGUGGACGCUACACAUACGACAUCCCCGUGGCACAGAUACAGUCGAUCCGGAAAGCCUUUGCAUACGCUGUACCCGGUUGCCGUCUGCGACUUCGCCGGGGUCGACGGUAAACGCAUUCCACUCAUUCACAUCUCGGCACAGCACCGGCUGGAUGCAGGGGUCGCAGAUCAGCCCGUCAAGAAGAGACAGUCUUCGAGCAAGAAGAAGGCGGACGCUGAUGAUCCUCCAGGAUGGCCGGAAACGCUUCCUCGGUCAGCAAAUCUGAAAGGCCUUGAUGCUUGCAUACAGGACUUUGCCGGCUUCCCUUCGCUUCAAGCUGCUGCCACGAGCACCGAUCUGACCAAGAAAUCCAAACGUGCAAGAAAGACGAGCGACAAGGUCGCGGUGGAAGAUGAAGAUGCCGAAAAGGACGAUGACGACGACGAUGCGGCUGAUGCGACGACAACGUUCCUCGCGGAGCCAGGAGCAGUAUCAACGCGCACGUUCUACAGGAUGAGGUUCGAUGACCUCGACAUGGAAGAAUCCGAGUGGAAACGCUUCGAACAUGCCGUCGCUGCGAACCUUGACCCUGCGACCACAACGACGAAAGCCAUGAGCGACUUCCUUCAGAUCUGCGUACAGCGGCAUAUCGCCGUUCAGGACGCCCGCACGAGAGACACUGCGACACCUGCGCCCACCGCGCCCUGCGCGCUAUGCAAUACACCGGUCGACCUGAGCCAGCAGCUCGACUUUGUCCUCUGCCCCUCUCCGCAUGCUACCACACUGCCGAUCAGCUCGGGCGUCUCUUCGACAAACAAUUCCACAACAGGAUUUGACGAAUAUGUAUGUCACUCGGUCUUUCACCUCUCGUGUUUGGCCACGUCGUUCCUCGAGCAGCAAAGUGGCGUUGCAAUCGGGCACAAUAGCGUUAGCACGAUACUGCCAACGCACGGAGCGUGUCCGCGUCACAAAGGGCAGCAGGAGCAACCUGCACAGUGGGCAGACGUGGUGAGAGCCAUGUAUCGAAGGCACGAACGGUUCGAGCGCCUGGUGCAAUUCUUGGUGAGAUCUGGUAGGACUUUCGAAGAGCACCUGAAUCCUCACCCAGAAGUAGAAGUGGCCGUCAAGAGCAAAAGAGGUAAAGGCAAAGGCAAACUUCCUGCAGGCAAAGGCGAAGAUGCUGCUGAAGAGAACGGGAUGGACGAAGCAGAUUCUGGACUGGUGAAGAAGACGAGGAAGCGCAGGCAGCCGACGACCAGCAACGUCGAGGGGGCCGCAAUCGCUCCUGUGGAAGAGAAUGGUGUUCAGGUAGAUCAAGUCACAGGCAAGAAGGAUUCAAAGAGAAAGACGACACGCAAAGCGAAGUUGAUAGAGCCCAGCGAUGUAAUUGACCUGACAUGA